GUUGAUGUACUCCUAAUUUACCAUAUUUAUGAUCUUGUUUUGUCACACUUUUAAUACUUUAUUUCUCAUUUUUAAAUAAAAAGGAUUGAUCUUUAUCAUCUUGGACAUUUUAAGGUAUUGUACUUGUUUUGGUAUAUUUUUGAGUUUCAGGAUAAUUCGGAACGUAUAUUAAUUUCUGAAAAGAAAUAAAUAUUACUCCCGAGUGAAGACGGAAAAAUCAUCAAAGUGAAGCGAGUCCUUACUUUAUCUUCGAAAUAUUUAUACAGAGACCCGAAGUUCAUUUCAGAAUAAAUCAGACUGUCCACAAUAAAAUGUACCGGUUAACUGUUUGACCAGUUAACUGAUCAAACAGCUAACUGGCCAAAUAAAGAAGUGGCGAACAAAGAGCCAAGCUGACAACAUUAUUCACUCCAUUAUUGUGAAUAAGGCUCCACCGUAGAAGAAAUCUCAAGAAGAAAACAAAUUGAGAUCAAAUAAUUGAAUUGCAUCCACUUGGAACCAAAGCUGUCUUCAUCAUCUUUCAUUAGCCGAACAGAGGAGCACAGCGGCCGACGAAGAAAAAUGCACAACUGAAAAGUGGCCGGUGCUAUUUGCAGGAAGAAAAAUGAGAAAUCGGCAAUCACAUCUGGUGAAGAUUGAAAUCAGUGGCCAUCCAAAUUAAAUGAUCUUUAUCUUCAUUCGGAGAUAUUUCUGAGCUAUACCCUUCUUUUGCUAGUAUAUAAAGGGGUCAUUCAGGAGCUUCAAGGAGACACCUAGUAGAUAGAAAUCAUCCUUGCUUCUUUUCUUUAGCUUUGUUUAUUAAUAAAAGUGAUUCUCUCAAGAACACUUGUGUAUAUUUCAGUUCGUAAUUCUCAUUUUCAGAAGUUUAUUUAGCUUCCAAUAUACUCCAUAUUAAUAAUAAAGUUCAUUCAAGAAAUUCACAUUUGGGUUCGAUCAGUGCCAGCUUUAUACAAGGAUUGCAUCUUUUUCUGUUCCAGUUCAUCUAUGUUCUACAUUAUUUAUGCCUUCAGGUUCUUAUUCCAAUACUCAUUUUAUUUUCUUUAACCUGUUAAAUUAAUUAUGCCUAUUAUCAGUUUUACUUUUAUUUCAUUUACUGUAAUUAUGUGUAACUAAAUUAGUUUAGGUUUGGGCAAGAUGUAAAUUUUACUGUUAAUGUUCAUAUGAUAAUAAUUGGUUAAAACUUUUACUUGGUUAAUUUUAGGGGUGUUGGGUUGAAUGUUCUAAUCUGCUAAAUACAUUAUAUUGGGAAAUGAAUAUUAUCACGGGAGUGAAGUUUCAUUAAAAAUCCCUUUAGUUAAUUCACCCACUAAAUUGCUACACGGAAGUGUUAAGGAAUUUAGGAUAAUUUGAUUUUGUACUUUUUACUGUCUUAAUAAAAUUAUCGCGGGAGCGGAAUUAAUUUAAGAUAGUGUAAUCAACUAAGUCGUGGGAACGAUUAGAAGAUUACCAUUUGAAAAUCUUUCACACACCUAAAAGUAACCAAGUUAAUCAGUUAAAUCUUUAUUAUUAUGAACAUGAAAAUAAAAUUACUCUUAGCCCAAGCCUAAUUUUCACUAUAUCAUUAAUUGUUAAAUUAUCAAGUAUUGUGAUUUAUUUUAUUUCCUAGCAAUUUCACAUUUAUAAAAACAAGAUAAAAAAUCUGUUCACUUAGCUCCAUUGCAAAAUGUUAUCAAUUUGUGAUUAGCUAAAAAUCAAUCAUUAAUUCUAGUUCUCUUUUUGAGCCAUUCUCUAGCGGAACGAUACUCACUUACUCUAUACUAUAUCGUUACAAGUCAAUUAAAACAUCAUUUCCAUUCACAUUUUUACACCAUUUCACACUACACAUUUUGGCAUGUCACGAUUUUGGCGCCGUUGCCGGGGAAUGGCAUAGUUUUAUUGAUUGAUUAUUAGUUAAUUUUAGUGUUUGUUUUUAUUUAUUUGGAGACUAGGUGUUUUUAUUUCCUGUUAUCAUCACUUGUUUUUAGUUUCCAAUUGUAAAAAACAAAAAAAUACACACAAAAAAGUAGUGUAUGCAUACUCGCUCUCAAGGGAGUGAAGGAUUGCAACCACUUAACCUUGAUUUUGAAAAAGAAUUAAGGAAAAGAAGAAAGGCCCAAAUCCUUGAACUUAAAAUUCCAAAUCAGAUCAUGGAGGACCUUCACAACAAUCCCAAUAAUCCAAAUAGCCAAAACCAAAUUUCAAAUCCAAAUCCAAAUCCUACGCCACCACAAAAUACCCCUAUAAAUACACCCAUUGAUACUCCAAGAGAUAGACAUAAUCCUUUCUUUGGAGAUCAAAGACCCCCUGAAUUUGAAAAUUUCCAACAAAUUCCUCCUCUAACACAACCCAACCCUUAUCCACCACACCCCUACCAAAACUACCAAAUUCACCAAAACCAACCUCCACCAUAUCCAUAUACAUAUCCUUAUCCUUACCCACCUCCUCCAUUUAUACACCCAUAUCAACCUCACCCAUAUGGCCAAUACUACCAACACCCACAUAAUCAACAAGGUCAAGGGCAGUUCAUGAGACAACAACAACAACAAGGAAGAAGACUUCUUGAUUAUGUUGCAGGUGAAAUUGAGGAACAAGAUAGCAUUCUCUAUCCAGGCGUGGAUGCAGCAAAUUUUGAGAUCAAACCAGCACUUAUCUCAUUGGUCUCAGCCAACAAAUUUGGCGGAUCAAAGAAUGAAGAUCCGACGAGCCAUGUGAAGCAAUUCUUGAGAGUUCUCCAAACUCUUAAGCUUAAUGGAGCCUCUGUUGAUGCCAUCAGACUCAGAUUGUUUCCAUUCUCACUGAGGGAUGAAGCAUUGAGUUGGUUGAACUCUAAACCAUCCGGUUAUUUCAACACAUGGGAGAAGUUGCAUAGAGAUUUCAUGAAGGAGUUCUAUCCUCCUUCUAAGGCAUCAAAAAUGAAGAAACUGAUCCAACAAUUCAGACAACAACCAUCAGAAUCUCUUUAUGAAUCAUGGAAGAGAUUUAAAGAUCUUCAAGUUCAAUAUCCACAUCAUAAUAUGAGCAUGGGUGAUCUCAUUGUCUCAUUUUAUGAGGGAUUACAUGAUAAUUCCAAAAUUGUUGUGGAUGCCUCUGCUAAUGGAGCUUUCAUGGAGCUUGAUCCUCAAACUGGAAAAGAGAUGCUUGAGAAAAUUUGCAACAACAGUGCAUCAUGGUAUUCUGAAAGAUCCACUCAAAAGCUAGGAGCGGGAAUUUAUGAGGUUGACCAAACAACAGCUUUAACAGCAAAGGUUGAUUCUCUCACAAACAUGAUCCAAAAGCUCACUGAGAAACAAUCAUCAUCAACUUCUAGCACAUCAACAAAUCCAUCAUCAUCUUUAGCUCAAGUUUUGUUUUGUGAACUCUGUGGAGGAGGGCAUUCUUUUAAGGAAUGCAAUCUUCUAGAACUUACACAAAACGUUCCUUCUGGCCCCACAGUAGAACAAGCUGAUGCUAUAUAUGGUAGACCUCAAGUACCAUAUCAAGGAAACUAUAAUCCUCAAGGGAAGACACAUCCAGGAUUUUCAUGGAGUAACCCAUCAGGUGCAGCAAAUUCACCAUAUUCAUCCAAACCAACACCUCCUGGAUUUCAAAAUCAGCAAGGGUACCCACCGCAACAGCAAUUACCACCACCACCUCAGCAACAACAACAAUUUGUUGGAGUUAAUGACUUCCAGAGAAUGAUGCAAGGUAUCACUAAUCAAUUCUCUCAACUCACCGCUCAACUCAAUCAAAUUCAAGCUCACAACAAAAUGCUUGAGAGCCAGAUUGCUAGUUUUGCUUCACCAUCUACUAGCAAAGCUCAAGGCAAGUUGCCUGCCUACUCUGAACAUCCUAGGGAGAAUGUCAGUGCAAUCACUACAAGGAGUGGAAAACAACUUUCUGAUCCACCACUUGUAGUUGAGAAAGAGAAGAUACCUGAAAAAGAGACUUCACCACUAAAGGAGAACAAUGAAGAAGAUCUGAAUUCUCACUCACAUGAAGGCAAGAAAAAGGUAAUACAACCAUAUGUUCCACCUUUACCAUUUCCUCAUAGAGCAAAGAAGAACACAAUUGAUGAGAGGAGGGAUAAAUUCCUUAAAUGGAUCGGUCAACUUAACACAACAAUCCCACUUCUUGAUGCUCUAAAACAUAUGCCUUCAUAUUCCAAAUUUCUAAAGGAAAUUCUUUCAAACAAGAAGAAGUUUGAGGAGAAAGCUACCGUAGCCAUGAGCGAGGGAUCCAGUGCUAUAAUUCAGAAGAAACUUCCAGAAAAAUUGAAGGAUCCAGGUAGCUUUACUAUACCAUGCAUAAUUGGAGGGUUCAUGGUCAACAAAGCUUUAUGUGACCUCGGGGCUAGUGUUAGCCUUAUCCCUUAUUCUAUGAGCAAGCGCCUUAGUCUUGGUAUUCCCAAAGCUACUUCAAUGACCAUUCAGCUUGCUGACCGAUCUGUUAAGUACCCUGUUGGUAUUCUUGAAGACAUUCCUGUACAGGUUGGAAAAUAUUUCAUCCCUUGUGACUUUGUCGUCCUAGACAUGGAUGAAGAUGAGCGAGUACCUGUCAUAUUGGGAAGGCCUUUCUUGGCCACUGCUGGUGCCAUCAUUGAUGUUAAAAAGGGUACAUUAAAAAUUGAAGUGGGGGAUGAAAGGGUUGAGUUUAAUAUUUUCCAAACGGUGAAAAAUCUUACAUGUGUGGAAGAUUGUUGGAGGAUUGAUAUAGCUGAUGAAUCUGUGAGAGACUUCACGAGAAUCUUUCACAAGGAUCCUAUGGAGGUUUGUGUUGUGGAGGAAGUCGAAAAAGAUCAUGAGGAUGAAGAGUUAGUGGAGCGUGUAAAAAAGAAAGGGAGUUGUAAAAGCUUUCACGAGGGGAAGGAAGUGAAAAAACGGAGGAAGGGAGGAAAAUUGCUAUCAGUGGCCAAAGAGUUAAGAAAUAUUCUCAAGGAGAGGACGCAAAGAAGAAACUCAUUGUUUGACUGGAUCAUCCUUCGUAUGAGUAAACCAAUCAGGUAAUGUCGGGCACACGACGUUAAAAAUAGCGCUUCUUGGGAGGCAACCCAAGUUUAUUUACUUUCAUUUGAAUGUGUGUUUUGCUUGUGUGUUUGCAUUGAAUAAUUUUAUUUUCCCACCCAUUUACUCACCCGUCCUGUAUAUAUUUGUCACAUCGAGGACGAUGUUUCAUCUUAAGUGUGGGGGGAGAAUAUGCAUGUUUGUUUGUUUGUGAAUUGCCUUAUCAUCUGUUUAACUUUCAAAUCAUGCAUUCUAUUCUUUCACAUGGUAUGUGGAUUGUUGGCUGGACUUGUCUCUUAAUAUUUGGAUUGAGAAUCAUAAUUUUUGAGCGUUGAGUAAAAUUUUGGUCAAAUUUUAAACUUUGUACAAACACAAAACAUCUCAUGCACGUAAAUGGUUAUCUAGUGAAACUGUUGUUCAAUAUGUUUAAGAUUGUGUAAAACAAGAGUGCUAUGUGCUUUUAUUUUCCUUGACAUGAUUUUCUGACUUGGCACAUUAGGAAAUGAUAUAGGCCAUUUUUCAUAAACCCAUAUACCUAGCCUUACCCAUGUGAUAAAUAUCCCUUGUUCAACCCCUUUGAGCCAUUUUUUUUAUAAGCGUUAUACGCUUAACCCUGUUUUUCUCAUUUUCUUUCAUAAAAACCUGUUAUAUGUGACCCUGAGCCUAAAAGCCAAACACUUUCCAACCACCCUAGAAUGAACUUGCAUAAAUUUUAAUGAGUUUAGAGAGUGUUAUUUACAUUUGGGAGCUUCAAUUACACUUUUGUGAUUACUUAGUUGUUAAUAUUCAUUUAUAGGGGUAGUUGUUCUUGUUGUAUCAUCAUUGUACAUAUUAUUCUUGUAAAUUCUUAUGGUUAGAAGCACUGAAAAGCCUUGAACAAAAACAAAAAAAAUCAAAAACAAAAAAAAAACAAAAAAAAGAAAAAAAAAAGAAAAAAGAAAAUGAAAAAAAAAAAAUCUAAACAAGGCUAAAUAUCCAUGUAUAUGCUUCUCUCUUUUGUAUAUUUUUCUUGUACAUUAAUUUACUCUUUUUACUAGUUACUACACCUAACUGUUCAAAAUAACAAGUGUUGUAUAGAUUAUUGUCAAAAGCUCCUACUCACUACUUAGUACCUCUCUAAAUUUGUUAAAUUUAUGUCAAGUUCAUUUCUUUUGUUUCCUCAUUAAUUCCCUUUGUUCAUAAGCCUAUCCCACAGACCUCAUUAUAACCCAAUGUUAAAAGUCCUAAUUGAUCCUAAUUGUGUUUUGUCUGAAAUAAGUUGAUAGGAAAAUCUUAUUUUGCAUAAUUUUGCAUGAUUGAACAAACGAAGCUAGAUUCCAUUUUCACACCACACACUUUGCGUUUGUUAGAGUUGAGAUUUGACCAAAACGUUUCAAAUGAUAUGCAAAACAUUUUUAUGAUUCUCACUACUCUUAUUUUGUGACAAGUCAAGGGAUUUUUGAUUGAUCAAGUGGAGUGAAAAGAAAGUGUGCAUAAUUUGAGGGUUGUACAUAUGAUUUGGCAAAUUCAUUUUUUUUUCUUCUUCUUGCUUGCUUGUUUGUUUGUGUGAAUGUAAAUAUUUUUGCUUGAGGACAAGCAAAAUCUUAAGUAUGGGGGAGUUGAUGUACUCCUAAUUUACCAUAUUUAUGAUCUUGUUUUGUCACACUUUUAAUACUUUAUUUCUCAUUUUUAAAUAAAAAGGAUUGAUCUUUAUCAUCUUGGACAUUUUAAGGUAUUGUACUUGUUUUGGUAUAUUUUUGAGUUUCAGGAUAAUUCGGAACGUAUAUUAAUUUCUGAAAAGAAAUAAAUAUUACUCCCGAGUGAAGACGGAAAAAUCAUCAAAGUGAAGCGAGUCCUUACUUUAUCUUCGAAAUAUUUAUACAGAGACCCGAAGUUCAUUUCAGAAUAAAUCAGACUGUCCACAAUAAAAUGUACCGGUUAACUGUUUGACCAGUUAACUGAUCAAACAGCUAACUGGCCAAAUAAAGAAGUGGCGAACAAAGAGCCAAGCUGACAACAUUAUUCACUCCAUUAUUGUGAAUAAGGCUCCACCGUAGAAGAAAUCUCAAGAAGAAAACAAAUUGAGAUCAAAUAAUUGAAUUGCAUCCACUUGGAACCAAAGCUGUCUUCAUCAUCUUUCAUUAGCCGAACAGAGGAGCACAGCGGCCGACGAAGAAAAAUGCACAACUGAAAAGUGGCCGGUGCUAUUUGCAGGAAGAAAAAUGAGAAAUCGGCAAUCACAUCUGGUGAAGAUUGAAAUCAGUGGCCAUCCAAAUUAAAUGAUCUUUAUCUUCAUUCGGAGAUAUUUCUGAGCUAUACCCUUCUUUUGCUAGUAUAUAAAGGGGUCAUUCAGGAGCUUCAAGGAGACACCUAGUAGAUAGAAAUCAUCCUUGCUUCUUUUCUUUAGCUUUGUUUAUUAAUAAAAGUGAUUCUCUCAAGAACACUUGUGUAUAUUUCAGUUCGUAAUUCUCAUUUUCAGAAGUUUAUUUAGCUUCCAAUAUACUCCAUAUUAAUAAUAAAGUUCAUUCAAGAAAUUCACAUUUGGGUUCGAUCAGUGCCAGCUUUAUACAAGGAUUGCAUCUUUUUCUGUUCCAGUUCAUCUAUGUUCUACAUUAUUUAUGCCUUCAGGUGGCUAUACUGACGUGGAAGCCUGUGGUUCGCUGGUGUCUCAACCACCAAAUCUUCAGCAUUAAAUGCACUUCCCGCCAGAAUCUAGUGUUGAGGUUUCCCGCCUAAGUAGCGGGGACGUUCGUCCACCCGAGGAGCGAGCUGGAUUGCUUCAGGUGGCCUCUAAGGGAUAUUGGCCGCCCGUCUCCUGGCCUUUGUGGAUUCUCGUCAUGCGGGCUGGACUGCCUCCGAUGGCUAGGGGCUUGUUCUGACGACGUUCGUCGUUACUCCGGUGGUCCGUGGUCCUGCUCCUUGUCCCUGCAUGGACGUUCGUCGAGACGGGCCAUUGAGCCCGAACCCCAACAGAAGACGUUCGUCCCUCCUGGAGGAACCUGGGCUUGCCAGGCUAGCUGUGUGCUAUCUGGACGUGCGUCCGGAAGAAGGGGUAAAUGGGCCGAACCUCAACUUGGGCCAUUAACCCAACAAAACCAAACAUAAAUUGUUUACACUUACCAUGGCCAGCCCGAGACGACAAAGUGGCAAAAUAUAGAUGGAUCAUCAUCAUUCUACAAAAUAUAAAUAACAAGCGUGCAUUUUGGCCAGAGAAAAAAAAAACAAGCGUGCAAUUUUACUGAUGACUGGUAAGAUGGGAAACUUUUACUUUAUGGAGACGUUUGGCAAUUGGCGGUCGACGGUUGAUUGUUGGCUGAUUAUGUUGGUUGAUUGGUAACAGCGGAUUCUGUUGGCUGUUUUGAUGAGUUGAUAAUAUUAGCUGUUUAUAAAAUAGUGUUUUGUUAUAUGAUUGUUUACAAUCGGCUCAUAAAUCGUAAAAUUACUUUUAAGGACAUCAAACAAUUUGUUUUGUUUAUUACGUAGUACUUACUUCUAUAUUACGUACUCCGUAUAUGUUUAACACAUUUUGCUAAAAUUAU